AUGGCAACGCAGUUCGACUCUCUUCGCUCGCAGUACCGAGAGUCACUGCAGGCGUUCAACGCUGGCCCCGAUGACUUUCGGCUCCUGGACAUCGUACCCCCUGAAAGCGAACUGAAUGCCCGGCCAGGGAGUCUUUAUGUCCUUGACUCUUCGUUUAACCCCCCGACCAUCGCGCAUACCCAGAUGGUGACCGCUGCAGUGAAAGCAGCAAACGCAGAAGGAUCCCCGCCGUCAAGGCUGCUAUUGUUAUUAGCGAUUCAAAACGCAGAUAAACAACCGAGGCCAGCUUUAUUCGAAGAUCGUAUUGUCAUGAUGCGGCUGGCUGCAGAAGAUAUCCAACAGGCUCUAGCCCAAGAUACCACCCGGGACGAAGACGGGCGAAUCUGUAACGUUGCGAUUGACAUCGGGGUUACGAAACGCCCAUACUUUGUGGAUAAAGCAGUGGCCAUCGCAGGCGAUGGCGGUAUCUAUCCCAAGGAGGUAGAACAAGUCCAUCUGACGGGAUAUGAUACACUGGUUCGGAUUUUUGAACCAAAAUACUACCCUUCUGGAGAUCUUAGCGUUCUGGGCUCCUUCUUUAGCUCAAACAGGCUCAGGGUAACCAUACGGCCCGGUAGCAGCUGGGGAUGUACGGAGCGGCAGCAGUCCUUUCUCACCGACCUCGCCAGAGGUAUAGCGGAGAACCGGGGCGCAAAGAGGGAAUGGGCAAGCCGUAUCGAGCUUGUAGGGAGCAAUGCAGUUGGCAGAGAGCCAGUAAGCUCAACUAUUGCCAGAGACGCAGCCAAAGGUGACCUAAAACAACUCUUUAAACUUGUCACGCCGCGGGUGCAUGAGUAUAUCAAGAACCAACAACUCUAUGCCACCGACGGAUAA